AUGGAAGGGAGAAUUCAGAACAAACCAGACAGAAAUGAUGAAGCCUGCUCUGCUGCUGUGCCUGGUGGUCGCUGCCUGCAGCGCCGCUCCAUCCACGAGGCUUGGUUGGCUGAGGCCCGCCCACCAGGGCCGCAUAGUGGGGGGCGACGAGGUGGACAUCUCGCAGUUCCCCUGGCAGAUCUCCCUGGAGUGGGCGGGUUAUCACUAUUGUGGCGGAUCCAUCAUCAGUUCCACGUGGGUGCUGUCUGCAGCACACUGUUUGGAACCGGGCGAUUUAGAGUAUUACUUGGCACGAGCAGGUACCGCAUAAGAGGGACUGGUGGCUCCACCUUCCAACUGGCUUCCAUCCAGGUUCACGAUGAAUUCAGUUGGACUACGGGGGAAUAUGACAUAGCUGUCUUUAGCAUCUCUGGAACGUUCUCAUUCGGCAGCAAUAUUCAGACGAUCAACCUGGGCACGAGAGAACCUGCUGUUGGCACACUUGUCACAAUAAGUGGAUGGGGCGACGUAGCUUUCUCAGAGCCUAGUGACUCGCAGCUGCGGGCCGUGACUACUGAGAUCGUGGACAGGGCCACGUGCAGUGCCACGUGGGUCGGCAUCGCGGAGAUCACGGAGAACAUGAUCUGCACGGGCGGGGAUGGCAAGGGCGCUUGCCAGGGCGACAGCGGCGGUGCACUGGCCGUGGGCUCCACGCAGUACGGCAUCUUCUCACGCACGUUUUGCUCCAUGAACAACGUCCCUGAUGUCUACACGAACGUUGCUGCCCUACGGUCCUGGAUCACCAGCACCACCGGUGUCUAGUUUGCUACAUCCACUGCUGACCAUCGUAGUUUAAGAAAGAACACUAGUUAAAAACCGGUACAUGAAGUGCUGUUGAUUUCAGAUGCCGUA